GAACAACAGCUGGAAUGGGAAGUGGAAGAGCCGACGGAGCAAGAUCCAAGGACAGAAGAUCAGAAACCACUUCAGCCAAUGAUGGCGGUGGUAAAGCGGACAACGCAGGUGUCACCGGCGGCGUCAACACCCUCCUGGCCUCCUCCACCAACCUCAGGAAUGGCUGCAACCAAGGCUGGAGACAAAAGACAAAAGGAAACACCCAAGGAAAACAUGCAGUCCGAUCCGAAGCCCUGUCCGGGGAAGAGUUGCUCACCAGAUGGACUUGGCCCCUCCUUUGUGCUUGGGUGUUGGCAAAGAUUCGUUCUAGCCACCCCACUUUUUGCUGCACUCAACCUGGUUCUGGCCAGGUUGUUCGUAGUGGAAGCCUCUCCAGUUUUUAUACUGUGGGAGAAGUCUAUGGGAGGCAGGCUUGCUUGUGAGGACAUUUGUGAAGUCAGAAGACCAGCUCUCCAUAAGUUUCAAGUGGACUUUGUUGGUGACUCCCUGGACUUGGACUGCAUCAGGUAUAAGGGUCUGAAGGAAGUUAGGCUGUUCAAUAGGACCUUCUGUUCAGGGAAAGCUCUUGGCAUGGAAGAAAUUGUGAGACCCUGGAGUCAUUGUUUCUUCAAACAUACAAAGAAACAGAAAACAGUCAAGGAGGAGUCCAGGAUUUCAAAACCUAUUCAGAAAACUUCACCAUACAAGACUUCAUCAACAACACCACUGACCUCAUCAACUGUGCCAGUCAAGCAAAGGAUCAGCACUACAAGUCAACCUACAACAAUACCUUGGGAGGAAGAGACUGCUACCAUCCAGGAUCAAGACAUCAGUGUUGCUAAUAAAAGUGAUGUGACUGUUGAGCCUGAAACCCAAUUAGAGCAGACAGUGGGGAUGGUACCUUUAGAGGAGGUGGUGCCAGUAGAGGAGGCCCUUCCCAAGACAACUAGGGGGACCCUGGCAGAUAUUGCAGAGGAAUCUAAAAACUUGUCUAUUUCUCAAUUGAAUAUUUCUGCAGGGUUCCCUGAUGGCUCAGUUAUCCAUGCAGAGUUUCCACAAUGGUUACUGGAAGCUUUAAGGGAAUCAGAGGCAGAAAAUCAAAUGGAAGAGGCGCCUCAGUCAGUUCUGAAUCCUUUGUUUGAGGAAUUGGAGAUGACUGAGGCUCCUUCUCUUGCCACCGUCCGAUCUGAAGCCCUGUCCGGGGAAGAGUUGCUCGCCAGGUGGACUUGGCCUCUCCUUCGUGCUUGGGUGUUGGCGAAGAUUUGUUCUAGUCACCCCACCUUUUGCCGCACUCAACCUGGUUCUGGCCAGGUGCAAUUUGGGCAUUUCUCUUCGUCCAGGUCUUCGGGAUCCUUUUCAAAGGAGCAAAAUAAGCAAGUAUAA